AUGGAGGUAGAGGCCAUCCGGGCCUGGAAAGCAUUCUUUCGUAGAUGCUAUGUUGGUAUAGUGAGUUCAUUCAUCGGCAGGCAGGGAUGGCCUCCAGCCAGUCCCUGUUGGGGCUCAGCCGUCCCUUGCUUCGACACUAAGCUCCGCACAUCCGGUAGGGCCAGCUCAUGGGAGAAGCCGUCGUUUGGAUCCUAUAGCGGAAACCAUAUGACCGGCAGCAGUUCAGUGGCGUCCACCUAUCCUCGGACGCUCCGCUGGUCAUGCCGUUAUAGCUUCCUUGGGAGGGCGGUGGUCCCCAGUGCCACCGGAACCGCCGAUGCCAGAGUUCCGAUUUGGCCGGUGUUAAUAGCAUCACUUGGGGGUGACAUAUUCGACGCAAUGAAAGCAUUAACGUUUUACAUGCCCAGCGACAACGACCCGCGCUCUAACGCAGCCAUACGUUAUAGUUCCUCAUGGAACCACAGGGCGUAUGUCCGGGCAUUCGAACGAUAUGUGGCUAGAUGGACUGGACGGUUGUUCGAAAGCGCGCGAACAAACGGGGUAAUACUUAUCUAUCUAUCUAUCUAUCUAUCUAUCUAUCUAUCUAUCUAUCUAUCUAUCUGUUCAUAUCUAUCUAUCGAUUUCUUCAUAUUUAUCUUCAUCUAUUCAUAUCUAUCUAUCUAUCUAUCUAUCUAUCUGUUCAUGUCUCUCUAUUUAUCUAUCUUCAUCUAUUCAUAUCUAUGUGUCUAUCUGUUCAAAUCUAUCUAUCUAUCUAUCUAUCUAUCUAUCUAUCUAUCUAUCUAUCUAUCUAUAUAUAUAUAUAUAUAUAUAUAUAUAUAUAUAUAUAAUGUUCACAUCUAUGUAUCUAUCUAUGUAUAUUGCUGUCGUUAA